AUAAUAGAAUCCAUUGAUGCUGAUUUCUUUGAGACACGAUUUCCAUUUAAAACGAGAAAUAGUGGGGGGAAUGUACUACCCGCUAUUAGAGAUAACGGAACUAGUGGGGGUGUUGGUUCUGAGGAUGAACUCAGAAGAAGUAAAAGAGCUAGAAUCUCUAAAGAUUUUGGUGAUGACUUUACUACAGUAUUCACCCUCGAAGAUCCAAAAAGUUUGCAGGAAGCAUUAACUUCCGUAGAUGCAGAUUUUUGGAAUGAGGCCGUUAUAGAUGAAAUGGAAUCGUUAGAAGCUAAUAAGACUUGGCAUCUAACAGACUUACCUCCUGGCUGCAAAGUCUUAGGUAAUAAAUGGGUUCUAAAAACGAAACGGAAACCUGAUGGUGCAAUCGAAAGGUUCCGAGCUCGCCUAGUAGUUAAGGGCUACAGGCAGAGAGAGAAUAUAGAUUUCUUCGAUACCUAUUCACCAGUAUCUAGAAUAACAUCCAUUCGUGUAAUGAUUGCUCUUGCUGCCUUGAACAAUCUCGUGGUACACCAAAUGGAUGUUAAGACCGCUUUUUUGAACGGUGAUCUAGAUGAAGAAAUCUAUAUGGAACAACCAGAAGGGUUUGUUAUCCCUGAACAUGCCUCGAAAGUCUGUAAGUUAGACAAAUCAUUAUAUGGUUUGAAACAGGCUCCAAAACAGUGGCAUGAGAAGUUUGACACUCUCGUUCUCUCACAUGGCUUUAAGGUGAAUGAAAGUGACAAGUGUAUUUACUGCAAGUCAGAAAAUAACACUUGUACUAUCAUAUGUUUGUAUGUAGAUGACAUGUUGAUAUUUGGUACAAAUAUUCACGUGGUCAAUGAAGCAAAAGCCAUGUUAAAAGAGAGCUUUGAAGUGAAAGAUCUGGGAGAAGCAAAGUUUAUGCUUGGAAUCCAGAUAACUAGAACAGCAAAUGGUUAUUCUCUAGAUCAAUCUAGCUACAUAGAGAAGAUCUUGAAGAAGUAUAACUAUUUCGACUGUAAACCUGCGUGUACUCCGUAUGAUGCUAGUGUAAAGCUAUUUAAGAACACUGGAGACAGUGUAAGACAAUCAGAAUAUGCUAGCAUCAGUGGCAGUCUCCGUUAUGCUGCGGAUUACACUCGACCAGACAUUGCAUAUGUCGUGGGAUUGCUUGGCAGGUUUAACAGCUGUCCUAGUAGAGAGCAUUGGAAUGCUAUAGAGAGGGUCAUGAGAUACCUCAAGAGAACAGCAAACCUUGGUAUACAUUAUCAAAGGUUUCCUGCUGUACUAGAAGGGUAUAGUGAUGCGGAUUGGAAUACCCUAUCAGAUGACUCCAAGGCAACCAGCGGGUAUGUUUUCAACAUCGCUGGUGGAGCUGUGUCUUGGAAGUCAAAGAAACAAACAAUCCUAGCUCAAUCAACUAUGGAAUCAGAGAUGAUAGCACUAGCAACGGCUAGUGAAGAAGCAAGUUGGUUGAGAGGAUUGUUGUCAGAGAUUCCCCUAUGGGAAAGACCGGUCCCUCCGGUAUUGAUCCAUUGUGAUAGUACCGCAGCUAUCGCUAAAGUUGAGAACCGGUUCUAUAACGGAAAGAAACGACAGAUUCGUCGUAAGCACAGUACUGUAAGAGAACUCCUAACGAUAGGAGCAGUGAGGGUGGAUCAUAUAAGAUCCGAACAGAAUCUAGCUGAUCCUUUGACGAAAGGAUUACCUAGAGAGAAAGUCCAGAAUACCGCCAAGGGUAUGGGACUUAUGCCUACCGAACCACGGACUACAAGUGAUGGUAACCCGACCCAAUAGACUGGAGAUCCCAAGAAAUGGGUUCAAUGGGUAAUAACAAGUCAUGAGUAGUAUGCGAAAAGUUCAUGCAUAGUGAAGCAUGAAUCCCAAAGCAAUGGAGGUUGAGUUAAUAACUCUUAAUGAGAUCUAUACCCUAUGUGGGGUGGAGUACUUUACUUUGGGGGUACUCUUGAUAGACUCACCUAUGUGAAUGUGGGAGUGGGGCCGCUCCCUAUGGAACUUUGGAGGCACAAAGUUGCUAGAGCGUUCACUAAACCAGGGUAACGUGCAUGGCCAUAAACGCACGGGCUAUGAAGAGAACACAACUCAAUGAAAAGAUCCGGUGUGCUACACUGUCUGAGAUAGGGUUCAAGACUACGAGUCACCCUUAUGAAAUCGGAAGUGUAACCACUACGCUAAGGUUCAAAUCUUCGCGAUACCUUAGCUUAUGCCCGAUCUUAUGGAACUGUUGAUGCUCAGAGAUAGUUUCAAAACUAUUCAAGUGGGGGAUUGUUGGAAAUGAAUGUAUAUGAAUAGC